AUGUCCACCAGCGCUCAAGACACACCUGUUCCUGUCGUUGCUACUCCUUCCGCAUCCACCAUACCCACCAUACCAGAUACGCGCGAUCCUGCUAUUAUCGCACUAGAAAGCUGCUUCGAGAAAGCCACCGACCUAGAGGUAUGGCUGCAUUGCAUCGGAGGACCGCGCAUCAAGAACAUCCCUGGCAUCGCCGAUGACCUCGCAGACCAUGUCAACAUCGUCUGUCUGGACUGCGAACACUGGUCGACCAACACCGAUGAGACCACCGAGGUCGGUAUUGCUACUUUCGCGCGACAAGAUGUUCUGCCCAUCGUGGCGACAAAAGACUUUGGUGAUCACGGAGAGCAUCUCAUGGAGCAGAUCCGCUUCUAUCUCUUUCGUACGAUUGAGACGUGCCACCUCCCCAAUCAGAAUCCGGACUCACGCGGGGUCAACGGGAAUCGCUUUGGUAAAGGCCGCUUUGUUACCUUCGCUCAAGCUCGUGAGAUCCUCACCAACCUCUUCGUCCAGCCUAUCAAGGACCCCAAAGGACUCAAGGGCAACUACCCUAUCGUAGUCCUCGGUCAUGACGUUGGACACGACAAGAACAAUCUCAAGUCCAAGGCGAUUGCUUUCGACAUGGACCCGAUCGGCACAGUCGUACGCUACAUUGAUACUCAAAUCAUGACGCGCGACAAAGGUUACUGGAUGAUGCCUCGAAACGAGCAGAUCGGUCUCAGACGCCUCGUAGAAGAGCUUGCAUUUGAACACAGUGAUUCCCACACCGCCGCGAAUGACGCGGGUCGCACGGUAAUGUGUGCCUUCCAAGUCGCGCUCGGCGGAGACCCAUGUAAGAGAGGAUGCCGUAAGAGCAUGCUGGAGGUUGCCGACGAUCUCGAGGACCAUAGCGUGGCUACAUUCGAUGAAAGCCUCGGAGGUGUCGAUAAGUACUGUUGGAAGUGCGGCACAGCUGGCCAUAUGAAGACGGAUUGCACGGCAACCGACCUUCAUUGCGACGAAUGUGAAGAGAACGGGUGCUACAUCAAGCCUGGUGAUGAACACGUCACCCUUCAUUGCAUGUGCAUUGCCAACGAAAAGGCUAAGGUGCGGCGAGCAAAAGAUGCUGUGGCUCGAGCUCUCAAGAAACCAAAGCCCAGGGACCUUUCUCGUGGAAUGUCCAGCUCCCGGGCUCGAUUCAUGGCACGUGGUGGCUUUCACCCUCCGUCGGGUCUCGUAUCAUACUUUGGAGGAACGUCGCACGACACACCCUCAAAUUAUGGUCCUCCUGGCGGACGCGGAUACGUCCCACUUAGCCCUGGAGGAAACCCUUCCAGGGGCUUUGGGGGACGUGGGCAGGGUGGAUAUGAAAAUGUCUCAUGGGGUCGGGGACGAGGAGGGUCCCAUUUCCAACAGGGUGGACAAGGUGGCCUCACAUGGGCUUCUCAUUGA